CAAAUGGCCCGCAACAGAUAUGGGAACCUGGGCGAUGAUCCCUAUGGUAGCAGCAACGGAGGAGGAUACGGAGCUUCGCCCACGCUCGACGGAGACGAUUAUGAUCCAUAUGGCAAUGAUUAUGGCGAGAGGUACGGGACUCCACCAACUCCGGUAGUUGCUCCUCCAGCAGCAAGAUCUGCUGCGUACUCCCGUCCCAAGGUCGCGCCCGAGAGCAGCGGAGAAAAACAGAUAGCCGAUGUUCUCGAACAUAUCAAGGAGGAAUGGCCGGCUAUGUGCAAGAACGACUCGGUGCCGGUUCAAAUAGCACUUCAGUUGCUGGAUACGAGCUCUGUUGGGCGGGCACACGAAUACCAGAACUUUGAGAGUACACACAAGUAUCUGCAGGAUUCGCUCAAGGCCAUUGUACACGAACAUCAUCAGGGUUUCAACAGUUCAAUUGGUACAUUUCACAAGAUCCAGUCCAGCAUACAAACAUCUCAGAAGAGGGUACGGCAGUUGAAGGAGUCUCUCAGCACAUCCAAAUCGAGUCUUGCAACUACAGACCCGGAGCUGCGAAAAUUGGCGACUGCGUCGGGGAAAUACGACGAAUUGCUACAUACGCUUUCGGAAGUUGAGGAUCUGGGCUUGGUACCGGAUCAGUUGGAGGCACGGAUUUCAGAAAAGAGGUUUCUGACUGCCGUGGACAUAUUGCAGACCGCAUUACGGCGAAUACGGGUACCGGCGCUGGAUGAAAUCGGGGCUUUGAGUGAUCUGAGGAGUUACUUGGCGAACCAGGAGUCUGCUUUGACAGACAUUCUGAUUGAGGAGCUCCAUGAUCAUUUAUAUCUAAAGUCACCUUAUUGCCAAGAACGAUGGCAGACGCUUGCGAAAGGUCAGGGUGGCAUUGGCGAAAAUAAGCUGGACCCAGCAUCUUCGAUAAAGCCCUUCUUCGAGGUUUUAGAUGUGAUGGACUUAUCUCAACCAAUGGUGGAGGAUCCCUCAAGAAAUCCAGAAGCCGACACAUUUUACUACAUUGAGCUACUGGUAGAAUCACUUAAUAAGCUCGGUGCUCUCGAAUCAGCUGUAAGUACCAUCAAACAACGACUUCCCGUGGAGCUUUUCGGGAUCGUGAACGAGACAAAUAGCGAAGUUGAUCAGAAGCAUCCGAGCUCGUUACGUGGAGGCAUUUCGAAACAGUCGGGGAACCAGGCAUUUGGCACUCGGGAGAAUUCUAUCCGUACUGAUGUUAUAUAUGAUCUCCUGUGGACUUUAUACGCCAAAUUUGAGUCCAUAGCCGAAAGUUACCGCGUGUUCCACGAUGUUGUCAAUGCCAUUACAAAGCGAGAAGGCAUAGAGAAUUCAUCAACGCUUCUUGGGGGUUUCAGAGAGCUGUGGAAUUUGUACCAGAACGAAAUCAAAUCGUUACUGCACAACUAUGUAACGACUGAUGCAGACCUUUACCAGUUCGACUCGUCUCCGAAACUGGGAUCUUCAAGACAAGACUUAAAGCGAGAACACCUCUUUCAGUUUUCAGAUGCAGACUCCAAGUCUGUUCAAAUGACCACCGAGUAUCAAGACUUGGAAGGGAUCAUUCGAGCUGCAGUUCCUGGACUGAUGUCUGGCUCUCGCAAGGGCACGGAUGGGAAGAAGCUACCUACCAACAGGACUGAUAGCAUGAUUGGUCGAAGCGGAUCAACGCGGGCGACCAGCGCCUAUGACAACAAGACCGGCGGGCUUGGAGCCCAUAAGUCCUUGGUGGAGCCAAGUGUUUUCAACAUGAGCUUGUUGCUACCUCCAACCUUGAGUUUCCUCCAGAGACUUAAGAUCAUUGUGCCUCCAGGAUCGGAUCUCGUUACGAGUACUCUGACAUCUUUCCUGGACAAUUUCUUAGUCAAUGUAUUCCUUCCCCAGCUAGACGAGACUCUGGGCAAACUCAGUGAUUCGGUCUUUGAGCAAUCCGAUUCUUUCCAAGAAGAUUCACAGUGGGCAAAUAUUGCUCGGAGACCAAUCUUCAAAGGAACAGCUGCAUUCUUUGCCCUAAUAACAGAAUUCUGCAGGAUGCUGGAUACGAUUCCUCACGACCAAGCGCUCAGCCAGCUCAUCAUUACACAAAUGCUGAGAUACUACGAUCGGUGCUAUGACUGGUUCAGAUCCCUGGUUUCGCGCGUUAGGGAUUCGGACGGCACCACCCUAAAGCUCUCUGCUUUACUUGCUACUGAACAGGGCGAUAUUCACGAGACAAUGGAGAAAAUCUGGGCGUCACAAGUGGAGGAUCGACCACUUCUUGAAAAGGAGACGGGCUUGUUAAUCACGCAGACCAACCAAACUCCCCUGCGAUUGGACGAUACAAUCACAGACCGAGAUACCAUAUCAUCGUUAUGUGUUCUUUACACUAGCAUGAAGUGGCUCGCAAUCAAAAUCGGCCAGCUUCGUCAUAUUACAAAAAACGCUGCCGACUCGUCCCGUACAGCGCAAAAGCCCAUGGGCAGGCGGUGGACGCUAUUUAAUGAGUUUGAGGUGUCGAGGUUGCAAGAUGAACAGAAUCCGGUGUACCUGCCUAUGACUCAGGAGACUGUCAGUGCAUUUGAUUCCAUUGUGUCAUCUUACCAAGAGCUUGCUGGCACGGUUCUCUUGACAUUGCAUAUGGAAGUUCGAUGCCAGAUAAUACUUUCACUUUCAAUUGCCCUCGCCCCAGAUUCAACACCAUAUCUCCUCGAACAGGCCGCCAACGAUCCCGAUCCGAAGAUCCUGAGCCUCAACGCCGAUCUUGUUUCUUACGACGAGACUGUUGUGCGCUUCCUUCGCGACAAAGAGAUAUCGUUCAUCCGCACAGGUCUAGGACUUCUCAUCGACAGCUUCCUCGUCACCAACGCUGGCCAGGUGAAAGCCAUGAAUAUAAAUGGCAGUGGCAGGAUGCAACUUAACAUCCUAGUCCUGCAGCAGAACCUCAAAAACAUCGAGGCGGAUGUCAAUCUCGACCGGGCGGCCAGAUUCUUCGACCUCUUCAAUGAGGGACCUGAUGCUGUAAUCCGACACGCCAAAGAGGGCAACGGUAGCAAUGGUGGCAAGGAGCAGUUCAGCUACGAUGAGUUGAAGACGCUAGUGGAGCUGUGCUAUUCGGAACAGGCGUCGAGUCCAGAGAGGGGCAUCAUCACGUUGGCGAAAAGGGGUCUAGGGGAUCAUCUGCUGCAGCUGAGCGAGUUUAUGUGGCAGAGCUAA